AUGGCCGGGCUCAUCAACUUCGAGGACGAGGAGGAGGUGCGGGGCUAUCUGGAGAAUCUGCACGUCGAGUACAGUUACCAGUGCUUCAAGGAGAAGGACCCGGACGGCUGCCAGCGCCUCGCCGACUACCUGGACGCCGUGAGGAAGGACUUCGUGGCGGCGGCGCGGGUGCUGCGCGACAACUGCGAGGCGCACGGGCACAGCGAGAGCUGCUACAAGCUGGGGGCCUACCAGGCCAUCGGCAAAGGUGGACUCGACCCAGAUUUGAAAGCUGCCUACAACUCUUUUAUGAAGUCAUGUGAGAAAGGUGGGAAGAAGUCAGCAAAUGCAUGUCAUAACGUUGGGCUGUUGGCCCAUGAUGGGAGACUAAACGAUGAUAAACCUGACCCCGUUGUCGCUAGGGACUAUUACACAAAAGCCUGCGAUGGCAAUUUUGCUCCUAGCUGCUUCAACCUCAGUGUAAUAUACCUCCAAGGAGCACCUGGGGUCCCUAAGGACAUGAACCGUGCUUUGAAGUACUCGCUGAAAGGGUGUGAGCUGGGUCACAUGUGGGCUUGUGCCAAUGCCAGUCGAAUGUACAAACUGGGAGAUGGCGUUGAGAAGAAUGAUGCUAAGGCAGAGGAUUUGAAAAACAGGGCAAAACAGUUGCAUAAAGAACAGAAAGAAGCCUCAAGUUCUUUAACGUUUGGGGAGUAAAACUGUCAGUUGCAGUUAUUAAGACUGCAGUUUUAAAUGGCAAGUGAACUUGUUAUUUAAAUUAGAAGCAUACAGUUUUCACUUAAAUAAACAUCCUGUAAGUAUUUGGAUAUGCAAAUAAACUUAUAUUUUUGUGGAUGCAACAAACGACUAAUUCUGCUGUGCCUUUCUACAUUUUUGAAUACACAAGUUCUUAAGUGUCUUGCUUAGAUCCUUCCUCUUCUUUAAGGAAGCCAAAAACUUCUGGCCUUUUGGAAGUUUAUCCCUGUGGUUUCAAGUAUGAAAGGCGCUCUCUCGUGUCUGGCACUUCACCAUUGAGGCUUCUGCUCGGACCAGUUCUAACACACACACACAAAAAUCACAGUUGCAAGGUAAUCCCAGCUUGGACAUUUGAACUGUGCCAUCUCUCUUACAAGCUGAAGGUAACAUUUGUUAUCCUAAUGUUGUAUUUAAACUUGCUGAUUUACUUACUUUGUUGUCAUACCAUCAAAACGGCACUUGUAACUAGGAGGAAAAAAGAGAUUACUUGUUAUAGGGAGAAAUAAUAAUUUGAUAUCUUGCUCAUGUUUAAAUCAUGUUUAAUGUCAUAAUUUCAUCUGAGAAGUUUUGAUUUCUCAAUUCAGUCUAAGUUUUACAGGCUGUUAGUAUAAUUAUUUCAUUUGUGGAAAUGUUUAUUUGAUUGUAAAUCAAUGUUAUGGAAUUAUUGGAUAUACUUUGAUUUCUAAAUAAUUAAGCAUUCAGUUGGAGCCAAGCCAAAAAUUUCUUGCCCAGGAACAUCUUCAGUGAAGAACUGGGUUCAGGAAAAAUGGCCAUGUAGGAAAGCUGUGAAGAAACUGAGGGGUGGAUCACUUCAGCAUACAAGUAAAAGCUGUUCUGUAGCAGUGUGCAGUCUUGGGAUAGAGUUGUACUCGGCUGCUGUCUUCUUCAAUGGAGGUCUAGCCUACAAAAUUGAAACAGAUGUCUGUUGGGUGACAACCUCUGAAUGCUGGUGCUUUGCCAUUCACAGUGUGAGCUGCAUCCGUGUGUGCUCAUUGAUUUGAAAUGCCCGCCUGUGCACACCCCUGCUGGGUGUGUGUGCCUGGCUCUAUCACAGACCUCGCUUUACUGGGAACACUGAUUUGCACAGGGAGUGCCCGCGCAAACCCCAUUGUCACUAGUCUCCUUCCUGCUUAACUUCAUGCUUUGGUGUUAUACUCAAUCUGAUGACCGCUUUUUGCUCCCAUCUGCCGCUUUUAUAUAUUCAUUGACAUUUCUAAACAUUGUGAUAUGAAUCUUCU